AGCUUCACGGACGUGUUCCAUCUCUAAUUCUCUACACUCUACAUCAUUCUACAUGUAAACAAUAAUAAUUAUCAGUUGAUUAGUUAGUUGUCUGAACACUUUUAAGUCAUAAUUAGUCUCGUAUCAAAUGAAAAUUAAUUCUUUUGGUUCUUACAAAGUAAGUAAUCGAUUACUUGAGUGAAAAUCUGUGUCUUCAAUGGCUGAUGGGCUGCAGGCAAGGAGUACUUCCACAGUAACAAGUGACGCUAGACAAGAGCACCCAGAUGAUGCUUCAUAUCGAAACACAACACAUGACAUUGGUCUUAGGCAAAAUUCAACCCAAACUUCAUCUAUAUUGCAAGAAACAUUGAGUGAAACUCUCCUACAACUCAUUAACGACGAUGAUGAUCAUGAAAUGACUUAUGCUGAUUUUAUUCAAAAUCAUCUGAAUGCAUCAGGAAGUGGAGACGGGGGCCCAGGAGUUUUGAAGCAGCCACAGAACAUUCCAAACACCAAUGGGAGGCCAGAAAAUUUGGAAUUCCACAAAGAGGCGCAAGAUUUACAGUCAGAAGCAAAAUGUUUACAAUUGUCAUUAGAGAAAGUAGCUCAGUCCUUAGCUGCUCUCCAAUUGAAAACCUCUGAGAACAAAGAAUUGCAGGAGUCCAACUUGAAUUUUGAAAAAGAAGGGAAAAUUGCAGAACUGCAUGACGUCAUUGCUGAAUUAUCUGGAAGGCUAAGAUGUCAGAGUAAUCUAAGUAACCAGGGAGGAAAUCGGAUCCCAGAAGUACUCUCUGAUUGUAGAAGCAAUGUAGAUACUGACAGUGUACAAAAUGGACUGCUGGAGUCUCAGAUCAUUGAGCUGAAACAAUUAAUGAGGCGAAAAGACACAGAAAUUGAAGAGCUGCAUGCAGCAUUAUCGAUGCUGAGCAGCGAACUUGAGUAUAAUAAACAUCAGAGAUGUGAUACAAAAGUAGCUCCUGGUAACCAGGUGCCAAUUUUGAAAGUAGCUGAAAGAAUCAAACUGAAAACUAUGGACAGGCCAGUCACUGGAUAUCUGAUUUCUAAUCUAGGGGUAUCUCGAACUGAGGUUGCUGAGCACCUUGUUUCAGACCUGAAGGAAAACUGCGACAUUCAAGAACUCAAAGAAAAGCACGAGCUGGAAGUGGAAAUGGAGCGCUUGAAUGCCAAGCUUGAGCACAUCAGAUCUCAAAAUGCUCUUCUCCAACUAAACUUUGACGAAUCAAAAUCUCAUUGUACUCGACUCAGCAUCCUCAUUGGUAAGUACGAAUCAAACAUCAUUGCCCUGAAACAGGCUCUUGACAAAAGCAAUCAAAUUAUAGAUAUCUACCGCACCCUCCGUGAUGCUAAGAAAAGUCCUAAGCAUAAAGAAGAAAAACUAAUGAGCAAAUUGUCAAAACUUCAAAACGAACAGAACUCAUUAACCUCUACAGUUGUCAAGCUAGAAUCACACGUUGGAGAGCCUCCUGCAAACUUAGUGAGCGUCACUGAGGCCAGGAAGCUGGAUAUUGAGACAGCAGUGUUGAUGCAAGAGCUUAUGGCCAUGCGUGAGGAAAAAGCUGAGCUGAAAGCACAGUUAUUUCGAGCAGAGAAAGAACGUGAGCAAUUAGAAUUGAAGCUUUUUUCACAGCAGCUGCAGUAUCAAGCCCUAGCUCAGAGUGGUGCUGAAACCUGUGAUCGAGGAGAUGCAGCUGAAAUUCGGCUGAAAGAGAGAUUAAAAGAGGUGGCACUCACAUUAGACCGGGUAACACGUAAUGCUGAGAUGAAGCAGCGACAGCUGAGUGAGCGAGUGAAUCAGCUAAAAACGGUGAAUGCGGUUUUGGCGCAUAGUUUAGACAAGUGUAACCAGAAGCUUCAGACACGUGUUCGCAAAGUUGAGACACAGAUGUUAUCAAUGGCUGAGCGUCAUGCGGCGCAGGUAGGAGGUCUAAAGCAGAAUAUUAUGGUGCUAGAGGAUAAGGUGGCAGGUUAUGAGGGAACAGUCAGAGCACUAGAGACUGAGCUAGAAGCCUGGCGGAAGCCACGCAGUUAGGAUUUGUUCAUUGGUCAGCAAAAUUUCAUCCAGAGGAUCAGAUAUUAUAAUAAUUUUCAGUCUCAACAGCUAGACCAAAUCAUUGAAAUUUCAGGGGCUCAUUAUCAUCCGAAAAUUUUCUUGUUUUGUUUUUUGUCUAUUUACUUUUUACAGUUUUUGUUGUUUAGUUUGUCAUUGGUUUGCCACUGAAGCAAAACUGAUUAUAGAGAAAUUGGGAUCCUGAAGAUUUUAAAAUAUUUAGUUUCCUCUUUUGAUAAACUGAUUUUUUUUCUUCUUUAAUGUUGAUCUCUGCCAUUCCUGUUGUCUAAUUUUUAAGGGAUUAUUGAUUGUUAAAAUGACCGUUGCAAAAAUUAUAGUUGCACUGCAAGAUAAAAAAAUUGUGCACAUCGGUAUUUUAAAUUUUUGCAAGGUUUUUCCCACUUCUGAAAGAGUGCUAUUGAUCUCAGUUAUGUAGUUAUUGGAUUGUCUUUCAUUGACCAAGUUUUAAUUUAACAUUUGUUCCCUGAUUAAUCUUACCAAAGCGUCUCAUAGAGUAUUUAUAAGAAAAGAUCAGUCAAAUGAUAUCUUUGAUAGAAUUUUUAUUUUCUUCCUUUUUUCUAGAAGCAUUGAAAACCUUAACUCAGACUAUUAUGUGUAGUUGAUGGCAAUGAAAAAAUAGAAAAAAGUGAAAGAAAAUAAUUUGCAACAAACAUACCUUCAAUAUGUCUGUUUUUUACAUGUAUUCAUUCAUACCAAAAUUUGUUAUUUUUUUUUCAAAUUUUUACUAAUACUUUUUUUCCAUUGUUAUCAUUGUCUUACCUGUGUUCUGUUACUUCUCUGUUUUAACUAAUUUUUUUUUGUUAUUCAUAUUUUUUUAUAUGUAUUUAUUAUGAAUGAUGAAACUGCAGAAAUGCGUAUCUCUGUUUUCAGCGUUGCAAACUUCCUAUCGUACUUCAUUUUCUACUCGGAAAACUAUUAAACAUCAUUUCUUGGAAACUUUGGUAAUUUUUCUUCUCCCUGUGGAGAAAAUGCGGUGAAAAUUUUGAGCCAUAAUGUUGCUUCGGUCUCCCUUCAAAAACAAAAGUAGGAGAGGAGAUUUUGAAACACCGCAGACGAGAUGCACCAUUUCUGCAAUUUCACCGUGGUUGUUUGUUAUCAGUUUCACUUCUAUUUUAUCAAGUAUUUUGUUGUAUUAAUUUAUUAAAAAAUGCUCAUGUCUCUUAAGGCCAUUUGAAUUUUUUUUUUUAUUAGCUUUACCAUAAUUUGUUGGCUUUAUCAUAUUUAAACGAUUUUUCAAGUGUUAUUCGCUGAAAGUAAUUGAUCUCAUUAUAUUCUCUCUUUUUCAAUAUUUUCCGUACAAAUUUCUCCUCAAUUUAUUGUUUAGUCAGUAAUUGUCUGAUUGUCUGAAAGACUCCAGUAAACCCAGUUGUUUUCUCCCGUUAAUUUGUGGCUUUUUCUUAUUGCAAUUUUUUUAGUAUUUGGAAAGAUUUUACCAAAUGUUUAAUGUUUAAACAUAUUUUUUUUUUAGAUUGUAGGUAGGUAUGGAUUUAUGGAACAGAUCCAGCGUAGAAAAUUUACGUUCUUAUUCACAAUCAGUAUUCAACUUUGUCAAGAAAUUAGAAAGGAAUUUUUAGGUACUCUAAACGAGAGAUUUACAAUAUCUGUCUAUUAAACCUAUACCUGGGAAACUCUUUCAAUAAAGAAUGAAAAAAAAA